AGCAUGAGCAGCAUGACGCUGACGCUGACACGGAUCACGGACACGCGACAAGGAUAUCCGCGUGGUGAUUGAUGUGAAACUCAUACCCCGCUCAUCGCCGCCACCCCCGCACAUCCCAUCCCUUGGCCCGCCACAGGCGCCACUCGGACCUCCGCAAAAUCACUGACAUUUCCUCGUGCUACAUUGUCUUUCCGCCUCCACUCAUCACUCUCUCGUUCUCCCUCCUCAUCAUCUUCACCCUCACAGCCCACUCCCCUCCCCCACCCUCCCCAUGCUCAUCGCUCUCCCCCACUUCGCAAUGACCAGCUGGCUUUCACCUACGAGCCCCUCGCCCUCGUCUGCUCCCAGCGAUCGUGAACCCCCCUUCGGGUGGGUCACAUCCCGCCGGGUCCCACUGCCCAAGCUCUCCGACGAACACCCCUACCGCGCCGCGUUCGGCAUGCUGUUCCUCCCGCCCCCCCUUCCCCCUCCAGAACGGCGCGACGAAUUCCUCCCCGCCCCGCUAGUCCGGCACUACCUUGGACCCAUAUACGACAUGCUGUUCCGCGGCCUCGACGACGAACAGAGCGGGCGCGACCGCCGUCCCACGGCGCGCGGCAGAGCCCGCAGCCAGACUUCUAUGCGCCGCCCGCCCGCGCCCCACUCGGCGCCGCUCGUGCGUCCAGAGCGCAUUCGUCCGCCCGCACUCAACCUCGCCGCACACGUCGCACCAGGGCCAGCGCCAUUAGUGCAUACUGCACCACUCCCCAUCUCGCCCUCGUACCACUCCCCAGCAUAUCCUUUCGCCAUGCACCCUCCGCCCUUUAUGCCACACGUAUUGGGGGCGCGGCGGAUGUACGCCCCCUUCCCGGCGUCGGCUGUCGAGGGGACUUUCCCGUUCCACAUGGCGCCAGACCGUGAUCGCCGCUUCUACGACCCGCGUCUCAAUACGCGCUAUCCCCAUCCCAUGCCUAACCAGCACCACCCCAAUCCGCACCAGAACCAGAGCCAGAUUCCCGUUCGCAACUGAGGUAUCAUCUCGCCUGACCGCCUGCCGCUUGUCCGCUCGUCCGCCCGUCCGCUCACCCACCUGUCUGCCUGUCUGCCCGUCCGCUGUCUGCCCUUCCGCCGUCCGCCCUUCCGCCGCCCGCUGCCCGAUUCAAUUUCCGCCUUGUUGUACUGCGUGUGAAUGCAUAGUCUCCAGC